GAACUGCCUCGCGGCAUGCAUUAUACUUCGCCGUCUGGAACGACGACCACAAGUUACGCUCUCAACUAGAGCUGAUCAAUCCAAGGACGAACAAUGCUGGGAUCCUCGUGCUGUGAUUCAUUGGUUGCAUUGCCUCUCGUCCUUCUCACGCUGUGCCUAUCCCUAUCGAAUCUCCGUUGUACCUAUGCUCAGCCGGCCCAGUUGCAAUAUGAGGACUGCUUCUCCAGCGAUAACACGAGCGUGAAGCUCAAUAUUUCCACGGUAUAUGCACAGGUCCUUGAUGAUGACAGUGGAGGAGGGAAAUUCAUGAACCUCACCGUUCUGGGCGAAACUCCCGAGAUGAUUCCUGCCCAGGCAAACACUUCGACAGGCGAUGUUGCAACGACUCUCUUCACGACUACCGAGAUGCUAACCUUCGAGAUAUGGAACAAUAACACGUUCUUCUGCGAUUUAUUGCGUCCCGCCACCGGUGAACUGGCCAAUGUCACCGGCAAAAACUAUUGCCCUCUAGCUCCAGGGCCAUUGGCUUUCUCAAGCUACAUCCCACUGCCUACCAACUAUGAACUGGCCACAUUUGAUACACACCUCUAUGCGUUGGACCCGUACCAGCGUCUCCUCUUCUGCAUAAACGUCAACACGACCCUACUCGACCCUGGUCCGCUGAAUUCUGUCUAUGGUCACGCCGGAGUCAUCUUCUGGGUCACCGUCAGCCUCGCAAUCGGAUACUGGCUGGUGGUCGGAAUAGCUCGAUUGGCGUCUGCAUGGGGGAGGGGUUCCACAAGGAAUGGGAAAGGCGUUUGGUCGCGUGUGGAAAGUGCUGGAUAUAUCCUCGCGAGCGCAAUCAGCGGUGAACGGCUCGCCACCUCGCCCGCUCUCAUGAGAUUCUGUACUCCAUCUCUGAGAGAUAUCAUUUUUCACACUCAAUGGUGCGCCACGCUCGCGAUGGUUGCCGUGAAAUGGCCAGGUUUCAUAUAUCCCAUCAUGGCACAGACAGCUUGGUCCACAUUGGUGUACAAUAUUACGUUAUCGCAAGGUUCCACCGGCGCCCAUUCCCGAUGGAACCCCCUCACAGUUCCGCCAUACGACCCACCUGCGGAGUUUUCAGCACAGCUAGACAAUGCCUCCUCACCAAUUCACAUUGUCGCUGAUGCCCCCAACCUGAUUUUCCAAUUGCCUAGCGAUGCUACGCCGGGUUUAUCAUCCUUCGCUUGGGCGGUCGGCCUUCGCCCGCAGGACCUCUUCGGCAUGUGUCUUACCCUAUUCCUGGCCAUCAUAGGUGCAACCAUACUGUUAAGUGUUUUGGUGUGGGCUUUGGAUUGGGUGGCAUCACUUGCCACGAACGGAGAAACGCAGCCUCCUGCGGCGCUGGGAGGCUCGCGAAGUCCCCGCUAUUCUGCCGGUAGCAAGGAUCUCCUCGAUGGUGUUGUCCAAAAUCAAUCAGAUGAGAACAGAUCCCUGAACAGCCAUCUCCUGCUCCGAACAGUCGCUUUUUUCCCUCGGAACAGGCCGUGGUUGAAACUAAGAACUAACUUCGUAUCCUACCACACCAAUGUACUGCAAGGGAACUUGGUCCGCAUCCUGAUCUGGUUCCAUCUGCCAGUGACUAUUUUCUCCUGCUACCAAAUGACUCUAGGCCGGGAAAACGCCUCCCUCGGAUCUAUCAUCCUUGCAGCGAUAUCCUUCGCUGUUUUGUCCGUUCUGCUUCCCAUCUUUCUCGUGGUUCGGUUGACGCUUACCAACACAACAAAGCUGUACGAUGAAACAUGGACGCUACUAUCUCUCGGGCCUCUUUAUAAUCACUAUCGGCAUGGAUCACAAUUGUUCGCGUGCUUGCUAUUUGCCACGAACAUAGCAUUCGGCGUAACCAUAGGCUGCGGUCAGAAGAGCGGCACUGCACAAGCGAUUAUCAUCUUAGUGGUGGAAAUUGUGUCUGCCCUUGGGACCAGUAUCUGGCUGCCCUGGGGUCAAGGCGCGAGCAUGGGAUUGAUUAGCUUCCUAUUCUGCGUCGCCAGGAUUGUCAUUGCGGUGUUGCUUGUUAUCUUGACGCCAGCGGUUUCUGUGGAUUCAGGGGCCGCGCAAUGGGUUGCAUAUGCAAUUCUGUGUAUCCUUGCCCUCAUCUACCUGGCAUUCUUCUUGAUGCUUGUAGUCAAGAUCAUUGAGGGUGUGACACGCAUGUGCAGUGGUAUUGGAUUCCACAAGAGCAGACAUGUCGUUGACAGUGGGCUGCUCGGCGUGCUCGGGCUACUGGGUUGUUGCGGAUCGCGCAGACCCCGCUCUCGGGCCGAUCUGAGACACGUCACAAAGCAACCAUCCGCUAUACCUCUCACAAUGCCCAAAGCCGCGUUUAGAACUGAUACGCCAACUGGUUCUACUGGUCCGCCCUCUGUCUUGCGGCCGGAACAUGCGCUGCAGCCAUACAAGGAGGAUAGCGAUGACGAGACCGGCUUCAUCAUGGGAGCGUGGCAACCGUUCCCCGGCCCUGGCUAUACACCAGUAGACGACGGUAGUCGUACCCCGGAAUUGCCGAAGACAGGCUUUGCGCGAGUGGGUGGAGGUCGUGCUCACUACGAGUCACCGUACGCGAUCGCGUCCGGGUCCACUCAGAAUUUCCCGAAAUUGGACAAGAAGUCGCCAUCCAGUACAUUGGCUCAACGCCCGGUGCACCUCGACUACUCGCCACCUCCCACACCAUCCAUAUCCAGCGUCGCGAGAAGAGCCGACAUCAACUACCUCCCUCCUGGUGCCAUGCCACCUCCUCAUGUUCGGACCAAGUCGCAGACAGCCAUCAUCGAGGACGCGUCAGCCCUAGCUGCGUUCCGCUCUCACCUCAAUCCGACGGACCCAGAGGAGCCUGUAGAGAGCGACGAUGCGCCGCCGCCAAAGAAGCGUUGGUUCAACAGGCGCAAGUCUCGCCGCAUGAGCGAGGGCGACCUGAUGACCAUGACAGACAUGCCGAUUUCUUCACCACAAGAACCCGGCCGUUCGUUCGUCGUCGUGCGGAAGCAAAGACCUGGCAUGCCCUCGAACGACGCAUCGAACUCAUCGAACAACUCCCCGGAGCCAGAACGCAAGUCGUUCACCGUCCUGCGGGGCAAUCAGUCCGAGUCGCACGCAACAUCGUCAUAA